AUGCAACAAGAUCGUCCGCGCAAGUUGCAGCGCAUCUCGCAAGCAUGCGAUCUUUGUCAUCGACGAAGCAUCCGUUGCAGACCCAGCAAUGAAGACGCCGACCGCUGCCAAAACUGCUAUGACUUCGAUGUCGCCUGUACCUAUGAAAGACCUUCAAAACGCAAGAAGCAUCCACAAGCGCCCGCUGCUCCUGCCCAACCCUCGCAACCCUCAGCGCGAUCCUCCCAAUCACGCAACACCCUAGCCUCGGACCUGCACUCGGCCCCUACCGCCACGUCCACGUCCAAUUCCACUCGCAACGACUCCGUCGGCAAGGCGAACGACUUUGCUGCCAUUGCACCUGCUCUCACUUCCCGUCAAGACCCUACCGAACUCGAUCUGCCAUGGAAGGUCUUUGCCCUCUCGAGCGAGUCCAUCAUCCUCGACCUGUUCGAUGUCUACAUGGAGGUCGUCUAUCCUCUCUAUCCCUUCUUCCACGAAGCCACCGACCGCGCAAAGAUCAAGAACAGGGAUCACUUGACUGACAAAGGCUUCUUUGCUUCUGUCAUGGCCAUGUGUGCUCUCUCUUCGGCUCGUAUCCGCGAUGGUGCUAUUCCAAGCAGAAUACCAGAAGCUGUUAAGAACCCUGAGGCCUCGUCCGAGGUCUUCUUCUCUGCUGCAAAGUCCGUCUUCACGGCUGAUCUUGACAAACUGCGCGGUUUCGACUAUAUCAGAGCUUGCGCGCUUCUUUCACUGACUAGCAUUCAGUAUGGUCAGUCUCUAAAUGUGCAACAAUACUCGGGCAUCGGGAGCACUCUUAUCUCCAUGCAACGCUUCUACGACGAGAAGUAUUGGCCUACUGGCUUGGAAGAGCAUCAGAAAGAAACAUACAGACGCCUGUAUUGGGGCUCCUAUACUCUAGAGGUCUUCACCGCUGUAGUCUGGAACUGCUUCAUACGCACUCAAGAGGUACACUUGAAUGUGCGAUACCCCAACGAGUACGAUGAUGGAACCAUUGCGAGCACCAAGAUUGAAGCUCCUCCUGGUCAGCAUCGAGUCAGCUGGCUCGUAGGCUGGAACUUCACCAUUGAUUUAUACCGAGUCCUGGAACACGUCGUCAACAAGGCUCGUGCCAAGCGUUUCAAUCACGACGACCGUCGCAGUGUCGACAGUCUCGUCUUUGGCGACGCCUUCUCCGAGAAGAGUGUCAUGGCUACCAUGCUUAACAUGUAUUACGCUCUGCCUCCACAAUUCAAAUCUACGCCACCCAUGACUGGCGACCCAACUCAAGACAUUUAUGCCUUCCAAGCUGCGAACAUACAGGCAACACUCCAGCUGCUUCGUAUGAUGCUCUUUUCCACAGAGGACGGUCCGAGCGUUGAUAGGAAAUGCGACGUGGCUAACGAAGUCCUGACUGUUUUCCGGACAAUCCCUCAAAGAUACUUGAGAGCCAUAAGCACUCCUAUGAUCUACCAACUAUCAAGCAUUGGUGGUGUGCUUGGCUCUGUGUUUGAGCAGCCUCUGCAGCAACAGGUUUACGAGCGUGUGCGCAGUUCGCUGUUGCUCAUGGCAGAUUUGCUUGAGAUGCUAGAGGCCAAUUUGCAUCGCUCUGCUGGAACGAGCCAAGGUCUUCUAGCUCAAGUCGAGAAAAUCGACCAGUACAUGCAGUCCCAAAGGAAUGUUCCUCAAUCCGUGCCACCACAGCACCUGCAACAGUCUGCCGUCGCCCAACCACCAAUGUCUAUGGGAAUGCCUCAGACUGUGUCAGAAACUAACGGCAACGGCGGCGCCAUCCAACUCCCAACAGACCUUGCUCUGGAAUGGCCAUGGCCGGUCUAUCAAGAAUAUCCUCCUUAUUAUAUGGAUAACAAUGGAUUCUAG